AUGGCCUUCUGUGGAAUCGCUUCCCAGCGCUGCUGCAGCGUCCCCACUGGUCCAGCCACCACCAUCUGCUCCUCUGACAAGUGCUGCCGCUGCGGAGUCUGCCUGCCCAGCACCUGCCCCCAUGACAUCAGCCUCCUCCAGCCCACCUGCUGCGACCCCUGCCCCCCACCCUGCUGUGAGCCUGACACCUAUGUGCCAACUUGCUGGCUGCUCCACUCUUGCCACCCAACUCCCGGGCUGUUUGGCAUCGACCUGACGACCCACACUCAGCCUUGCUGUGAGAAUCCCUGCGUGCCCAGCUGCUGUUAA